AUGGAGUUUGCAAAAGCCACAACAGUCUCUACUUCAGCCCCAGCAGGCAUUAGAGUGAAAAAGGCCACCAAAGCAAAAGAGCAGGAAAUGAAGGACGAGAAGGAACAAGAACGAAACAGCCGUAUUCAAGCGAUCAAAGACAGGCGGAAGGCUAAAGAGGAGAAAGAACGAUAUGAUAAGAUGGCUGAGAAGAUGCACAAGAAGAUUGUGGAGCGCAGGAAAAGACGAGAGAAGAGGAACAAACUCCUGAAUAGUUGA